AUGGAGGAUUGGCGGGGUUAUCCUGCAGAGAGUCGUCCCGACUCUUCUCCCUCCUCCUUGCUUGAUGGAGGGUCUUCGGAUGUCAUUUCUUAUACCCAACGCUCACAGGCUGCAGAGUCUAUAUUCUUGUCUCAACAACAGCAGCAACAGCAACAGCAGCAACAGGUCAUUCCACAGCAGUUUACCCAACACCAAUAUGUCCCACAGCAGAUGUACAGCACGCAACAACAGCAGGGCUAUCCCUCGCAACCCGGGAUGACAGAGCAGCAGCAGGCCUUGGAAAUGGCAGACUACAUGGAGAAGGAGCAGCAGCGGGAACGUGAGAUCGCCCGAAAACAGCAGACGGCACUACGGAGAGGCCUUCUUUCGGUGUCCGAAUUGGAGGACUGGAUGAGUGAAGAUUGCCCACAGCUGGACCGGCAAACUCUCAUACGAUUCCCUCCCGAGGUUGCGGAAACGCUGAGGCAGCGGCUACACAACGCUGCUGCUGCGGCUGCUGCGGCUACAGCGGAGGGAAUCGAUCCUCCAGAUCCCGGCGCAGCAGCACUGGGACUCACCAUUAUCCCAAGACCAGAUUACAACUACAGGGCAUUUGAUGUCAAGGUUUCAGGAUAUCGGGGGCGGCUGCGGGGCAUCUUGGUCGAGUUGCCGACUUUAAUUGAGACAUACAAGGCUGUGGACUCUGACAUUCUCUUCAAAUCAGGUGAUGUUUGCCAGAUGUUAUACGUGUUUGAUCCGCAAGUAAAUAACCUGGAUCUGGGGAGCUUGUGUGACAAGCAACAGUGGGAGUGGCGGGCUGGGUUAACGCCUCCCACGCAUCGCAUCCGCAGCAGGAAGUUUAAAAAUAUUGAUCUCUUUGAUCGCGAGGAAAUCCGAGAUGCAGAGCUCGAGGUUCUUCAGGCAAGCAUCCACAGGACCUUUCUGGAGAAAAACGCCUCUCUACAUGCCAAGGGAGUAUCCGCGACUUCUCCCGUGGCGUUGUUGUUGUUCAUGUUUCUGUCAACCCCGUUUUCGGUUGAUAGUCUUACGUCAUGCAACGCGGCUUGCCUGGUGGUUUGGUCACGUGCUCAGUUGCUUCAUGGCCUCCGGCGUGAUACCUAUGAGAUCGAAGUUCAUACAGAACUUGAAAUGUUGGAAGCUCGCAAAAAAGAACAAGAACAGCAAGAACUCCAGCAACAAGGCACCAGUGCCCCUGACGGUCCACGAGUGGAACGCGUGGUGCUGACCACGGAGGAUGUAACUGAGCUGCUUAACAUGGUUGACGAAGACGACGAGUAUCUUUCUGACGCCUCAGACAUCCUGUUUUCGAUUCAGUCCGAUAAUGUUUCGCAACCUGGUGCAGACCCGAAUUCACGAUCUAGACGAGGGAAGGUUGGGGUACCUGGGGGACUUUCUAGGUUCGCUUCAGUUGGAAAUGGAGGCCCACAAGAAGCCGAUUCACCUCCGGCAGGCAUGCUGACACCCACUUCGCAGUUGCAGAUGCAGAUGCAGAUGAGUCAGCAUCAGCAGUUGCAACAGCAGUUGCUGGUGCAGCAACAGGGUCAGCAGCUGCUCCACGGUAUCCCAGAAGGUUUAGCUCUUGGUGCCGAAGUUGAUGAUGCGGAGGAACGCGAGCGCUUGCGGCUUCGCAAGGAGCGAAGGAAACAAAAGAAAGACAGGAAAAGGGCACGCAGGGAACAAAAGCUUCAGCAGCAGCAACAGCAACAGCAAGCGGCCUUGGUGCAAGGCCUAGCUAGCGACCAAGUAGAGCCCCAUCAUGUGCCUUUGCAACAGGGCCCUGCGGUAGCUGCUUUGGGGGAGGCUUCUGCAGUUGGCUGUAAUGAAGAUGGCAACUUUGAUGGCAUGAGUUCGGUAGGAAGUGCAGAUGUUCAAUGA